AUGAAAGACCAAAGAGUCACCUUCUCAAGACUGAAUCUGGCCAAGGACCCUAAGGGGCAUCAAAGAAAACCUAAGGGUGGGAAAAGCUCCAUUUCAGAGACUGAACAGGAAAUAAGCCAUGAGGAAUUAAACCUUCAAAACGCUACUCUGAAUCUCCAGGGGGAAGACGAGCCGUGUUCCCACACAUUCUCACUGUUACCUCCGGACUGUCACCAGCUCACGGCUGAGAUCCUGGGAGUCGUUUGCAUUGUCCUACUGGCCUCUGUGUUAAAAGCUAUAACUUUUAUUCCCUUUAUAGUAACACAGAAGCAGAACAAUUCUCUCCUGAAUGUCACAACUCAGAAAGCAUAUCACUGUGAUCAUUGUCCAGAGGAGUGGUUCACAUAUUCCAGCAACUGCUAUUACAGUGGUAAGGAAUUAAAACCUUGGAAUGAAAGUCUGAUGGCCUGUGCUUCUAAGAACUCCACUCUGCUUUACAUAGAUAGUGAAGAAGAAAUG